GCAGUUCAGAACGCUCUGUUGAAUGUGAAAAAUAUCCUGAAAGAGAACACGACAUACUUCGGGCAAGUGGUAUCGUUGAGAACAGCACCAAAAGAAAAGUCCGGAACCAAGGAAAGCGACUCGCCGUGAACAAGAAGAAUUUAUGUUGAUGCUGUUAAUACCCUGGGCCAGUCAGCACUUUUUGUUGCAGCCUUAUUAGGCCACAUGAAAUUAGUUGAUGUUCUGGUGGAUUAUGGAUCAGACCCAAAUCACCGCUGCUUUGAUGGGAGCACUCCUGUCCAUGCAGCAGCAUUUUCAGGCAACCAGUGGAUCCUCAGUAAACUACUGGCUGCAGGAGGUGACCUGAGACUCCAUGAUGAGAAGGGUCGAAACCCUCAGACCUGGGCUUUAGCAGCAGGAAAGGAUUGUAGCACCCAGAUGGUGAAGUUCAUGCAACGUUGCACUUCACACAUGAAGGCCAUCAUUCAGGGCUUCUCCUAUGACCUCCUAAAGAAGAUAGACUCUCCUCAGCAGCUUAUCUGCAGCGCCCCCUGGUUUGGGAACUUUAUGCAGGGAAGCCCUAAUAGUUCUCCUAACAGACAGCUUAAACCUGGAAUCAUUUCUGCCCUAAAUAUCUACAGCUUUGGCUUUGGAAAGUUUUAUCUCACAGCAGGGAUGCAGCUCACUUAUCCAGGAUCUCUUCCAGUAAUUGGAGAAAAGGAAGUGAUUCAAGCUGAUGAUGAGCCUACCUUCUCUUUCUUCAGUGGCCCCUACAUGGUCAUGACCAACCUGGUGUGGAACAAGAGCAGAGUCACAGUAAAGGAGCUGAAUCUCCCUACUCAUCCUCACUGUAGCAAUCUGAGGCUGGCCGACUUGUUGAUUGCUGAGCAGGAACACAGCAGCAACCUUCGGCACCCCAACCUGCUGCAGCUGAUGGCUGUGUGCUUGUCCCAGGACCUGAAGAAAAUCCGCCUGGUUUAUGAACGCAUCACAGUUGGCACACUGUUCAGUGUCCUCCAUGAACGAAGGUCCCAGUUCCCGGUGCUGCACAUGGAAGUGAUUGUGCACUUGCUGCUCCAGAUUGCUGAUGCAUUAAUAUACCUCCAUUCUCGAGGGUUUAUCCAUCGCUCCCUCAGCUCCUAUGCUGUUCACAUUGUCUCUGCAGGGGAAGCAAGGCUGACCAACCUGGAAUACAUGAUGGUAAGCCAGGACAGUGGUGUACACAGGGACAUGACUCAAGUGCCCCUCCCCAUCCAGCUGUACAACUGGGCAGCACCAGAAGUGAUUUUACAGAAUGCAGCCACUGUGAAGUCAGACAUCUACAGCUUUUCCGUGAUCAUACAAGAGAUUUUAACAGACAGCAUACCCUGGAAUGGCUUGGAUGGCUCACUUAUUAAAGAAACCAUAGUUUUGGGAAAUUAUUUAGAAGCUGAUGCCAGGCUUCCAGACCCUUACUAUGAUAUUGUUAAGUCAGGCAUUCAUGUCAAGCAGAAAAAUAGAACUAUGAACCUACAAGAUAUUCGGUAUAUCCUGAAGAAUAAUUUAAAGGAGUUUAUUGGAACCCAGAGAACUCAGCCACCUGAGAGCCCCAGAGUACAGAGAUAUGAACCCCAUACCGAUGGUAAUACAUGUCUAAGACUGACUUCAGAAUAUCAAAAAGAUGCUCCAGACUUGGAUAUCAAGGAGCUAAAGGAGAUGGGCAGUCAGCCCCAUUCACCAAGGAGUCACUCUUUUCCUACUGAGAAAACAACACUAGCUCCUCAGGUCCUGGAUCCAAGUCUGUCAGCCCAGGAACAUCAGAAUCCAAAUGUUCCUUCUUCUCUUGCUUCAUGUUUGGAAGAAGAAGCCAGAAACUCCACUUCAAGUCAGGCCAGCCUCUGCAGCUUUGAGAUCAAUGAAAUCUACUCAGGCUGCUUGAACUUGCAUGCUGACAAAGAGGAAGAACACCCAGAAACUGUUUCAUCUCUUGAAGAGGGUAAUAAACCAAACCAGGUAGAUGAACUACCAUCCCUGGAAGAAGAGCUGGAUAGGAUGGAGAGAGAAUUGCAUUGUUUUUGUGAGGAGGACAAGAGCUUUUCAGAAGUUGACACAGACUUCUCCUUUGAGGAUGGGGACUGGCAAAGUGAUUCGUUUAGUUCCCUUAGCCUGCCUCAGCCAACCAGAGAAGCCAAGGGCAAAAUGAGCAGCUGGUCAAAAACUGAUGAGUAUGUCAGUAAGUGUGUGCUGAAUCUAAAGAUUUCACAGGUGAUAAUGCAACAGAAUGCUGAGUGGCUGAAGAAACUUGAUCAAGAAAUAGAUGAACUUGAGUUGGGACAGAAAGAGCUGGAUAAGCAAUGCAGGAUUUUGUGGGAUGUUUCAGAAAGAUUUUCAAAUGCCAAGAUCCCUUUAGCUGUGGGCCCUCCAUCAUUGACUUACCAUUCUCCUGUCAUGCAGUUAUCAGAACCCCAGCAGUCAGAAAACUGUGACAGGUGGUCAACCAUGGCAAGAUCUCCAAAAACAGUGAGAGACUUCCAAGGGGACCAUUUUGGCAAAAGGCCAGAGAAACAAAGUGAUUGUAGCCAGAAACCAUUCACCCAAGUUUCUGAAGAAAGCAACAGGGACCAAUCAGAGACAAGCAAUCAGCUGUCAACUCUUGGUGGUCUUGGAAAGCAGAACACAGAUGAACAGUUACCAUCUACUGAAGGAUCCAAGGAGAGUUUGGAAAGAAGCAGGAACCAAAAUAGUAGGAUUAAUAUGGAAUCUGUGUCUUCUGAAAUCUAUAAUACAAAGUCAAGAUAUAAUGAAGAUGAUGGAGAGGUACAUUUAAAAUGGAAAAUAGCUGUGAAAGAAAUGGCAGAGAAGGCAGUUUCUGGGAAGCUCCCAGUAUCUCCUUGGAAUUCUCAGAAUAGUUUGCCUUUAAAUCAUGAGGUUGAAAAUGAGACCGCUCUUCUGCCACAGCCCCCAGUUAGAGGUCCCGAGAACAUAGAUUGGCAGCAUGUUGUAGACUAUCACAGGGAAAAUGAAGAGCCAGAAGGAAAUAUGAAGUUUGGCAAAAUGGACAACAGUGACUAUAACAGGGACAAGCAUAGAAGACGACAGCCAAGCCUUCAAAGCUUCACCAGUAUUGGGCACCUGUCCUUUAGAAAACAUGAGCAGCUGCAGCAUAGUGAAGCCUCUCAAGCAAGUUGUGACACAUCAGUGGGGAAUGAGAAAUUUUGCAGUACCUCAAGUCCCAUAGAAGAGAACUUUGAAGGAAUCCAUAGUUCUUUUGCCCAACCUCAAAGCUAUGUUGAAGAGAAGUUCCAAAUAAGAGAAAUCUUUGGAAAGAAUGCUGAGAUUUUGACUGAGCCUCGGUUCCAACCUACGCAAUGUAUUGAAGAUGAACAAGAACAGACAUUAAAGGAGGCACCAAAGGAACUGAAAGAGAAAGACAUAUCACUGACAGACAUCCAAGACCUGUCCAGUAUCUCCUAUGAACAAGAUGGCUAUUUUAAGGAAACCUCAUGCAAAACACCCAAAUUAAACCAUGCACCUACUAGUGUCAGUACUCCACUCAGCCCAGAGUCAAUUUCUUCAACUGCUAGUCACUAUGAAGACUGCCUUGAAAAUAGCACAUUCCAAGUUAAAACAGGAUCUACUCUUUGUUGGAAUAGUCAAGAAUCUAUGAGAACUUUGUCUGUUAAAUUUACAACUGUCCGAGAGAGAGCUAAGAGCCUAGAGUCUCUCCUUGCUUCUUCUAGAACUCUACCUGCAAGACAGAUUGAUCCUAAAAAAAUGUCUGCAUGUGCUUUGGCUGCUGCUUCUAACAUUUCUAUAGCAUCUGUGACAUCAACCCAUGCCACCCAGAGAAAAAGCCUGCCCAGAGAACUAGUGGAAGCCACCCCACAGCAUCAUAUUGAUGAGCUUCCACCACCAGCUCAGGAGCUACUUGAUGAAAUUGAGCAUCUGAAGCAGCGGCAGGUCUUAUCCAUGGAGUCACAGGAGAACACAGCACAUGAUUUGAGCGUUACUGAAAAUGAUCAAAAGCAUUUGGAUGAACAAGAAACUGACAGUAGUAAAGAUAGCAGUUUCCUUUCUACCAAAGACAUUCAAGAUCUAGAAGAAGACACAGAAAGAGCUCAUUCUUCUCUUGAUGAGGACCUGGAAAGAUUGCUGCAGUCACCUGAGCAGAGCAUGGAGUUACUGGACCCCUCCAAGGGCUCUACAAGGGAGACAAAAAACAAGGAUCAAGAAGUUGUUGAACAGAAGAGAAAAAGGAAAGAAAGUACCAAGACAGAGAGAAGGAAAUCAGACAGCUUUUUAGGAACUUCUGAAGAAGAUGAACUAAAACCCUGUUUUUGGAAGCGACUGGGUUGGUCUGAACCUUCCAGGAUAAUUGUCCUGGAUCAGAGCGACUUGUCAGACUGACUGGAACUGUACUGUAGAUGGAUUCCAGCCCGAAUUUGAGCAUCCUUGUUUGUGACCUCCUUUUCUUUUCUCAUCUGCUUCAGUUGCCAUGAGGACAGUGAUUCCAGUUCUGUAACUCACACUUUAUUCUGCUGCCACUGUAGACAAGAUAAUGUGACCCUAUCUGUGGCAAUUCACUUAACCAUUUGUUUUAAAUCAUAUUUCUGAAAAGUGAAAGGUGACUGCAAUUGUAAACAUG